UCUAAAUUCUAAUACCUUGCUAAAAAAUAAUAUUUAAUAAAAAAACAAACGAGGAGCCCUAAUUGGGCAAGUCAGUUUACUGUAUUUACCGACACAGCAUUAACUUCCCUCCAAUAGCACGUUGUCAAUUCCCUUUCUAUUUCAGUUUACGCUUUCUGAUCAUUUCUGAUCUUUGUAUUUUCGAGUCAAACCAGUAAUCUCCAUUUGGCUUUAUCUAUAGUUGGCGCUUUUCCAUUUCGUUUUCGGGCCAUUUUUAUAACCAAGUUCUUCAGCCAUAGGAACAGAUCCAAAAUCCUAUCACCAUGGCCGUCAAACAGAUGCUGGCGCAGUGGAACGAGUUUACAGCUUCUCUACGUGCCGAGAGAUUCGUGGAUGAUCAGUUUUCCCAACUUAAGCAACUGCAGGACGAGAGUAGUCCAAAUUUUGUGAUUGAGGUUGUCUACCUCUUCUUUGAUGAUUCACAGAAGCUUAUAGAUGAAAUGGGCAGAGCCCUGGAGCAGAACAGUGUGGAUUUCAAACAGGUAGAUGACAAUGUACAUCAACUCAAGGGUAGCAGCGCAAGCAUUGGUGCAGCCAGAGUAAAAAGCUGGUGUGUUGCCUUCAGAGAUUUUUGCGAGACCAAGAACCUUGAAAUGUGUCUCAGAUGUCUGCAACAAGUACGAUGUGAAUGUGUUCUACUGAGAAGCAAGCUUGAGUAUUUGUUUACUCUGGAGCGUAAUAUUGUUGAAGCUGGUGGAACAGUUCCUAUGAUGGAAUAGCUAGCCAGGAACUACGAGGGGAAAGAAGUAUGUGAAAGUGAAACUGGAGGAUGCAGUGCUCGAGUCUUGAGUCUCGACAUUUACAAGUUGUUGGGUUGGAACUUGGAGGAAGCGCCACUCCCUUUGCUCUGGUUUUCGUAUACAUAUAUAUAACAUUGCCAUUAA